UACUGAACUUCGAUAAAAUUAUUUCUCUAAAUCUAGAAAUAUAAUUCAAUCCACGCGAAGAAAAAUUCCAACAAUUGUAAAACAAACAUUCUCCUGAUCAUGGUCAAUGAUCAUUAUCCGCUUGUACGUGAUCAUGCUUUCUUUGUUUCUUGGUUGGUCUAUUAAAGAAUGGGAUGGAUAUCAAACAACUAAUUGAAAUUGGAAUUCUGAUCUUUCCGCAUAAAGGAAUCUUGAAAUAAAAUAUUGGCUCGUUCGUGAGAUUGAAGCAGUGACCUGGCCGCGAGUGAGACGAUAGAACACAUUUGCUACUGUGUUUAAAAUAACUGAACUUUAUUUCCUUUUUUUUCACUAUAACCUAACCUAUCCCUGGAUAUCAGCUGAGCAUGAUCGCUCUUGCUUAAAUGACAUAUCUCUCUCGAGAUUCCUGUCGUUCGCUGAGUAAAAAAAAAUUUCGAAGAAGCGAGAGUGGUAAACGAUGAACGUGCAAACGAGGCACCCUUACGAGGGUUUGCUACACAAAUAUACGAACGCCAUGAAGGGCUGGCAGUACCGUUGGUUCAUCUUGAGCCCAGAGACCGGCGAGCUGCAUUACUUCCUCAGCGAGUCUGAGAAAAAUCAGAGGCCACGGUGUUCGAUAUAUCUAGCAGGUGCCGUAAUAGCUCCCAGUGAUGAGGAUUCGAACACGUUCACCGUUAAUUCUGCUACUGGUGACAUGAUCAAAUUACGAGCUACAGAUGCGCGAGCACGACAGGAAUGGGUGGAUAAGCUGCGGGCAGUUACAGAGAUGUAUACUAGGGCGAUAGCUAGCAGCCAUCCUCCAUUGCCACCUCGGGAACAUUCUGGGAAUUCAAGCAGAAAUCCUGUCGUUAAGCUGGAAGUGUUGGACGCUUUUGCCAAUUGCCAGGAGCAAUUAAGAAAAGUAGAGAAGCACAAUCUUGCCUUAGCACAAUCCAUCGAGAAUUCGGACCUGCAUCUGGACUCGGAUCUCUUGGUUCUCAAAGCUAUGGCGCAUACCACUUUGCAUACAUUGAGCCAAUGUCUUAAUAUAUUAUAUCAAUAGGAAAUUAAUCAUAUUUUUUACGCUUAUCUAUCGAUUAGCUUAUCUAUAUUAAGAUUUUUUAUACCUGCGAACGUAAGAUUAUCUUCCCCAUUGCGCAAUAUCCAUAUCAUUUUAUUUUGAACAAUUAUGUACUUAUCCACAAUUAGGGCUAAUUUCAGACAUACACAGUUAAAGACGAGAUUAAUACCUCUUGCCAUUACAUCUACUGUAAACAUUUUUAAAUAAUUAUUAAGUAACAAUUGAUUUUAAAUAAGUAGUUAAUUUUUACAAAAAUUUAUUUUUUAUAUAUUACAAAUAAAACAAUAAUAAUUAGGUUUAUAUCGUACUUUUAUUCAAUCACGAAAAGACUAGUUUUUUUAAAACUUGUCUCUUUAUAAUAAUAAAUUCUUUGAAAGUUAAUCAGUAUGUUACUGUGUAAGACAGUAAUAUUUUUUGUGUUAGAAUUUUUCUACGCGCGUUUGAUCUUCCUACAAUCAUAUUAUGGUUUAAUAAUAUAUAAAAAUAAAUUUCUCUCGCUACAGUGCAUAUGUGUAGAAACAAUUGCAGUUUUGAAGUUUUAUUUGAAUUUGGUCCUGCCAAUGACAAUCUCGGUGUAUGUUCUUCCAAUAACAAUACCGCAUGAAAAUGUAAGAAGAUAUACAUAUGUGUGUAUGUAUGUGUGCGUUGUGUAUAUAUAUCAUAUAUUAAUUCUGUUAGAAUGUUGUACAAAGGAUGUAUGUAUAUAUAUAUCUAGAUUUUAUUAAGCAAAAUAUAACACAUUCCCCUCUACUUUUUUUGUUCCACAUGAAAGCUGAUUUUUUAAGUUCAAAUGUUUAUAGUCAAGUAUGAAAUGUAUAAAAUGUAGGUAUAAAAUGUAUUAUUAUAUUUUACUGCGUUCUAAAA